AUGCUGCCUCUUGGUUCACGAUCUAAGUGGAUAUGGACAGCUCGUGAAUUAGUAUUGUUGAGGGUCAGCCAUUCCUUCCUCUUGGACCAUUACCUGAGGACUUCUUUAGGAAGUGGUCGCGAGGAGGGGGGGGGGCAGACUGAACCCCCCUCAAUUACAACAAGAUUCCUUAAAGGUUAUCCCCAACCGCAGUACAAAUAUUUAAAAGAUGGAGAAGAACUUGGAGAUUUCACGACGGAACAUUUCUACAAGAUCAUCAACACGAGGAGAGAAGAUGGCGGUGCGUACCAAUGCCUGGCAAAGAACGACGUGGGAGCCAUCCUCAGCAAGAAGAUUGACAUCGUCGUGGCUUUUAUGGGACUGUUCGAAGACCAAACAGAGAGGACAGUGACGGUGAAGAGUGGGCGAGCGGCAGUACUCGACGUACCUCCUAUAGCUAGCCAACCUCCACCGCUAGUCCAAUGGCAGGCAGAUGAUGGUUCACAACUCUACGACAGGGAGUAUGCGCAUUCUCCAGAGAGUCAGUUGAUCAUACUCUCUGCUUCACCUAGUCACCAAAAGGCCUACAGGGCUCGAGCAACUAACACUCAACUCGGAAAAGAAGAAAAUAGUGCUUACAUUCGUCUUCAAGUGGUUGGUGAAGAAGAAGCAGAGGUAGCACCAGAAAUAAUAGUCGGACCGAAGGACGUGCACAUUGUAAAGGGAAAGUUAGAAACAAAUCUUCAUUGCAUAGUUAAUGCCAGACCUCUUCAUGAACUUGAAACCCUUUGGUACAAAGACGGAAUCCUGAUAGAGAACACUGGAGUUGGGUAUACAUUUAACGAUCCUUGGAACAGGACUUUGUCCCUUGUCAGUGCUAAUCUAACCCACACUGGGAUGUAUACCUGUCAAGCAUCUUUAAGGACUGGAGGACUUCCUUCUGUUAACGCAUCUGCUAAUGUCAUUGUGCUUGAAGCACCAUCGUUUGUCGGUAAUAUGAGGCCAGAAACAUUAGCAGAAUACAGCAGUACAGUUGUUCUCCCUUGUGAAGCAAUAGGAGUACCAACACCUAACAUCACUUGGCUGAAGAAUGGAUACAACGUCCUCAAACUGCCCCAAAAGAAUAGAUAUAAAAUAGACGAAGACGGUUCGCUUGUAAUAAAAAAAUUAAGAAUGGAAGACACAGGAAUGUUACAGUGUGUCGCUACUAAUGAAGGAGGCUCUGAAUUCAUAACAACUUGGCUUAAAGUCAAAACCUCAGCACCAAUAAUGGAAACGCCUCCACAAAAUGCAACUGUUCUUGAUGGAAAAGAUGUCAUUAUGAUAUGUAGAGUUGCUGGGUCUCCUAUUCCUAAUACAACAUGGAUUUAUCAAGACACUCAAGUGGUCGGAGUGACAGGAAGAAUACAAGUUCUGGAAUCUGGAGAUCUCCUUAUCGCAGCAGUGCGAGAGUCAGAUGCAGGGAAAUAUACUUGUGUGAGAACAAAUGAAGCAGGAAGAGUUGAAGCCGUUGGUUAUUUAAGUGUAUUAGUACGAACCCAAAUUAUUCAGCCUCCAGUUGAUACAAAAGUUCUCUUAGGAAAUACAGCGACUCUUCAAUGUAAGGUUUCAAGUGACCCUUCAGUGCCAUAUCAAAUAGACUGGUUUCACAACAGUCGACCAGUUGGUCUCGGUUCAACCAGAGUAAAAGUAGGCGGUGAUGGAACACUGACUAUUCAGGCAGUGCGAGCUGCAGAUGUUGGAGACUACAUGUGUGUAUUAUCUUCUGCUGGAGGAAAUGAAACUCGCACUGCAAGAUUAAGUGUGAUAGAGUUACCAUACCCCGUAAUGGGAGUAAAAGCUAUGAGAAUGAACAUGAGAGUAGUAAAUGUCUCUUGGACUCCUGCUUUUGAUGGAAAUAGCCCAAUAGUAAAGUAUAUUGUUCAAAGAAGGGAAGUUUCCGAUGUAGGUUUGAUCGCUGAUCCUCUCCUCAAUUGGAUAACCGAAGACAGCAAUGUAUCAGCUGAUGCCAGGUGGGUAGAGCUCCAAAAUCUAAAAGCUGCCUCAUCGUAUCAGUUCCGAGUUUCAGCUGUCAAUAGCGUAGGGGAAGGUCCACCUUCAGAUCCCAGUAAUGUGGUGACACUUCCUCAAGAACCUCCUUCUGGACCACCGUUGGGUUUCGCUGGUUCGGCGAGGUCAUCAUCAGAGAUAAUAACGCAAUGGCAGCCUCCACUGGAGGAACACAGAAACGGGCAAAUCCUGGGUUAUAUUAUUCGAUAUAGGCUCCAUGGAUAUAAACAUAGCCCUUGGACUUCUCACAAUAUCACAAAUGAGGCCCAAAGAAAUUUUUUGAUUCAAGACUUAAUUACAUGGAAAGAUUAUACGCUGCAAAUAGCUGCUUAUAACAACAAGGGAGUUGGAGUAUUCAGUGAUGGACUGAAAAUUAAGACCAAAGAAGGAGUUCCAGAAGCUCCGCCAGAUAAUAUCAAAGCCAAAGCUAUUAACUCUACCGCAGUUCUAGUCUCUUGGAACCCACCUAAUCCGCAGAAAAUUAAUGGUAUAAACCAAGGCUACAAAAUUCAGGCAUAUCAAGGUGAUGAAGUAGUGCAUUCAAUGACUGUUCCUCCUAGUCUUUUGGAUCCUUUAGAAGAGCAAAAGGCAGUUUUGAACGAUCUUCAAAAACAUGCUAGUUACAAUAUCACCGUACUGUGUUUUACUGACCCCGGAGAUGGAGUUCAGAGUAAACCUGUUCUGGUUACAACUCAUGAAGAUGUACCUGAUGAAGUCAAAAGUAUAAAUUUUGAAGAUAUAUCAGACAGGGCCGUCAAAGUUGUUUGGUCUGCUCCUCAGCGCACAAACGGAAUCCUUACCGGGUAUACAUUAUCUUAUAUGGUUAAAGAUCAAUCUGAUACAUUAAAAACAGAAGAACUUCUACCUAAUAUUACCAGCCUUCUUGUGACUCAAUUACAGGCAACAACACAUUACAAGUUUUCCAUCGCAGCUAAAACUCGUAUUGGAAAAGGUCCCACACGGGAAGCCACAAUACAGUCUGGUGUGGAGCCAGUCCUGCCAUCACCGCCCACCAAAUUAGCUGUGACUAAUAUUGAACCGUUUUCAGUUGUUUUACAAUUUACUCCUGGUUUUGAUGGAAAUAGUUCAAUCACUAAAUGGAUUAUAGAAGCUAAAAGUGCUCGUAAUUCAUCUUGGUUCACACUUUUUGAAGUAUGCCAACCUGAAGGAAACACAGUGACAGUAACUGGCCUCACACCUUUCACAAAUUACAUGCUACGGAUGAUAGCUAGUAAUGUCGUUGGUAAGUCUGAACCAUCUGCACCUACGAAGGAGUUUCAAACUAUACAAGCGCCGCCUGCACAUCCUCCUAGGAAUGUGACUGUCAGAGCAAUGUCAGCAACUGAACUAAGAGUUAGAUGGAUUCCUCUCCAACAAGUAGAAUGGUUUGGUAAUGCGCGAGGAUAUAACAUAUCUUAUUCCGAAGUGGGAUCUGAGGUUUAUAAAAGUAUUACAAUUGAAGACCAUACAGCAAAUUCUCAUAUCCUUCAAUAUUUAGAGGAGUAUACCCAAUAUCGGGUUAUAAUGACUGCUUUCAACGAUGUCGGAAGUUCCCUACCCAGUCCUGCUGCGCUUGAAAGAACUAGAGAAUCUGUUCCUUCUUUCGGUCCAAUGGAUGUUGAAGCCAAUACUACAUCAUCGACUACUAUUGUUGUCAAGUGGGGCGAUGUUCCUAGAGAACACAGGAAUGGACAACUAGAAGGUUUUAAAGUCUUGUAUGGUGGAGUGCGAAACCAACCCACUAAAGUUAAAGAUAUACCAUCCAAUAAGACUUUUACUACAACUCUGACUGAAUUGAGGAAAUUUCAAGUUUACAGUAUUCAAGUUUUGGCUUAUACCAGGCUCGGUGAUGGAACUGCUAGUAGCCCGCCAGUUAGGGUUCAGACUUACGAAGAUGUUCCUGGAGCGCCUUCCAAUGUGUCUUUUCCUGAUGUUUCCUUGACAACUGCUCGUAUCAUCUGGGAUGAACCCGAAGAACCAAAUGGUGAAAUAAUUGCUUAUAAAAUAACAUACACACUUCAACACCCUACUACUUCACCUGCAAAUUUUUCUAGAGAAUUCCCACCAUCAGAUAGAACAUAUAGAGUAACAGAACUGGAAGCCGAACAGUUUUAUCUAUUCUCAGUAAGUGCCGAAACAAGACUAGGUUGGGGAAAGUCAGCGAGUGCUUUGGUUUAUACGACUAAUAACAGAGAUACUCCUGAUCCACCUUCCAAGCCUCAGAUAUCCAGAAGUCAGUUGCAAUCUUCACAAAUCACUUUCAGCUGGACUCCAGGAAGAGAUGGUUAUGCACCGCUAAGAUACUAUACUGUUCAAGUGUCUGAGGGUGUUGGGCCUUGGAUAGGGAUAUCAGAGAGAUUAGACCCGCAGGUAACAUCAUUCACUGCUGUCAACUUGAAACCGUUCACCCUCUAUCGGUUCAGAAUACAAGCUACGAAUGACAUCGGCCCUUCAGGCUGGAGUCCUGAAAGUGCUCAAGUCAGGACAUUACCUGCUGCUCCAAGCCGUCCUGUAUCGGGUGUAAGGGCAGUUCCGAUAACGACAACUAGUGUCCAAGUUCAUUGGUUACCGAUACCUAAUGCUUUCUGGAGUGGCGACCAGCAAACGGGCGGCUACAGAGUCAUGUAUCAACCUCUGGCUGAUUUCCCAGCUUCGUUACAGGCAACUCCCAAAGUUGAAGUUCAAGGAGUUGAUACUAAUGAAACUGUACUAACAGACUUGUCUCGUGACCACGUUUAUGAAAUUGUCGUAGCAGCUUUUAACUCUGAAGGAGUUGGACCCUUGAGUAGACCAAUAACAGUUUAUGUUGGAGAAGCAGUGCCUACCGGGCAGCCGCUUCGUGUUAACGCAACCCCAGUUUCACCAACUGAAAUUAAACUAACUUGGGUUCCACCGCAAAGCAUCAGUCAGAAUGGUGAUCUCCUUGGUUACAAGAUAUUUUACCUCAUGGUAGAAUCUCCUCAAGAACUCGGACCAGAUGAAAAAAUUGAAGAAGAAACAGAAGUUGUCCCCGCUACUUAUACAUCGCAUAGUCUUGUAUUUCUGGACAAAUAUACAACAUACAGAAUACAGAUAUUAGCAUUUAACCCUGCUGGUGAUGGUCCUAGGUCUGCUCCGGUAACAGUACGAACUUUUCAAGGACUACCAGGACCACCUAGAGAUCUGAAAUUUUCUGAAAUAACUAUGACCAGUCUUAUCGUAACAUGGGAACCUCCAAAGAAGAGGAAUGGAGAAUUAGUGGGAUACAUUGUGACAUAUGAAACUGCUGAAGAAAAUGAUAGAUUUAGUAAGCAGGUUAAACAAAAGGUCUCUGAGCCUCGAUUGGAAGUUCAAACUCUUGAAGAGGAGGUGACUUAUACUUUUGCAGUCCGUGCAGAGACUAUAGACAUCGGACCAGCGAUUAAGGCGAAUGUGACCACUGGACCUCAGGAAGGUUCACCAUCAGCUCCUAGAGCUUUCACUCUCGGCAAAACUGUGUCCAGUGUCGAAAUGCAUUGGGUCAAUUCUGCAUCUGGAAGAGGACCAAUAUUGGGAUAUUAUAUUCAAAGCAAGAGAAAAGAUGAUACAAGAUGGACCACCGUGACUAGAACAGGGAACGGACCCCUUCAAGAAUUCAGUGUUUCUUACCAAAAUUUGCUCCCCUCCACUGCAUAUCAUUUUCGAUUGAUAGCUUACAACAAAUUUGGAAUAAGUUAUCCUGCUUAUUCUGAGGAUGUGGUUUUGACUCCAUCAAAGUUAUAUUUAGAAUAUGGAUAUUUGCAAAUGAAACCAUUUUAUCGACAAACUUGGUUCAUGGUGGCUGUGGCUGCAGGAUCAAUAAUUAUAAUAAUUAUGGUCAUAGCUGUUCUCUGUGUAAAAAGUAAAAGUUAUAAAUAUAAACAAGAGGCCCAGAAAACACUGGAAGAAUCCAUGGCAAUGGACAUUGAUGAACGUCAAGAAUUAGCUAUGGAAGUGUACCGUGGUAAGAGGACUGGAACUUUGGGUCGCGGCGUUGGCCCUGUGUUAGGCAAAUCGCCUCCUCGCCCAUCACCAGCUUCUGUUGCCUAUCACAGCGAUGAUGAUAGCCUGAAAGCGUAUGAUGAGAACCCCGAUGAUAGUAGCCUCACCGAAAAGCCGUCUGAGAUUAGCUCUACUGAUUCACAGGGGUCAGAAAGUGAAAAUGAAAGUGUCCGAUCUGAUCCUCACAGUUUUGUGAAUCAUUAUGCCAAUGUAAAUGAUUCUCUGAGGCAGUCGUGGAAACGUCAGAAACCCGUUCGAAAUUACUCCAGCUAUACAGAUUCAGAACCGGAAGGCUCUGCAGUCGUUAGCCUUAAUGGCGGUCAGAUUAUAAUGAACAAUAUGGCGCGCUCGAGAGCACCACUUCCUGGAUUCUCUUCUUUUGUAUAAUACCCACUCGGUAAAGUGGAAGAGGAGCCCUCUGAGGAAAUAGAGGAAAACCCUAUUGUUACUCGAUUUUAACGCUCUUUCCACUUUACCGGACCUAAUUUGAUGGUAAAUAACAUUGAUAUUGUACAAUAUGUAAAUAAAUUUAUUUGAUGAUGUAUUUGGGACGCGACGGUCAGUUUUAAUGAAUAGAUAGAAAAAAACUGACUAAUGGUCCUUUUUAAUAUGAUAAGUCUAUAUGUAUUGUAGUCAUUUGGUGGAAAUGUUAUAGCAUAUAAGGGAUGGACCUUUGUUUUAUAAACAUGACUACUUCAUUUAGAUUUUUAAGUAUAGCUAAUGCUGCUGAAAUGCUUAAUUAAGUUUAGCGAUUUCUGUGAUAAUUAUUCAUUCAAAGAAAUAUCCAUUUCAUUUUGUUUUAUUUUUAUUGAAAUGUUUGUUUCUUAGAAAAAAAAAGACACGAUAAUUAGAAUAUCUGUAGCCAAUAUGAAACUUAAUUGACCGUAAUUAUUAAUGAUUUGAAAAUAUUUUCUUUGCUUUAGUAAAUUUAUUUUAUCACAGAUAUUGUUCAAAUCAUUUUCAUAAUCUAUUCUGAAAUUUUCAUUAGUCAAAUGAUUUAAGGAUCAGCUUCAUUUCUGGUUGAAUUCCAUUAUUGUUAUGCGACUUUCUAUUAUUUUUAUUUUCAAUGAACUAUCAUAAUUUUGAUCAAAUAAUUAUAAUUUGAAUUAUUAAUUAAUCUUGAUGCUAAUGAGAAGUUAACAUGAACAUAUGUUUUAAAAUAACAUACAUUUUACAUUCCAAUAUUGAAAAUGACAAGAAUAAAUAUGAGUUAAAAAAAAAAUUCUGAUUAUAGAAUUCUGAUGGUGUUAUUUAAAUUUACAUUGAUUGUAAAAAAAAUUGUCUCCCGUUAAUCAUUACAUUAAUGAGUAUAGGCAGUGGGGAUUACAUAGUGAUUAUAUUUAGAUUUUCCACAUUGCUUUACAAAUUUUAAGCUUUUAUGAAAAAAAAAAAAAGUAUUUUGAAUGAAACAUAAUCUGCAAUUAAAUUUCGCUUUACUAUGCUUAUGUAUAAUUUAUUGUUGACUAGCGACUUUUCUAAAAAUGUUACUCGUGCUAAAACUCUACCAAUAUUCUUCCAGGAAAUGAGUUAAGGCAGGGGUUCUCAACCAUGUGCCUUUGGGUGCACAUGGGCCCGUGACAAGUUGUUUAAAUAAUGAAAAAAAUUAAGUUUUUUAAUUAAAGAAAAUAAAAAAUUAAAUUAAUUUUUCAUUGUUAGUGAGAUAUUUGCUAAAUCUGUUGUACUGAAUGGUGUUUUUGUAAUAUCGUGUAUUAAUAAUGUCGUAAUAGUUGUCACUUUUUCAUCUAAACUUGUCACACCUGUCAGAUAUGCUCAGAAGAGGGUGGCAUGUCGAAAGUUGUUCCAUCAAAAUUUUUGAGGGAGUCUUAUUUUUAUGGGGUUAUUAAUUUUUGAGGGAACUUUCAACCAAGGAAAAAAACAUGCAACAGACCAUAUCAAGUGUCAUAGUAAAUAAACUACAUGUUUUAAUAACUACUUUCACUUGCACAAUUUUCAAGAAGAAGAGAGAAAUAAUAUUUCUUAACAGAGAAUUUGCGGUAUUGCCGUUAGAGGAAUGGUUACUUCUGCUCUAUAUUAUUGAUGCUUUUUUUUUUUAAGUUAUAGUUAUUUUUUAUUUGGUAAAUACUUUAGCAGAGUUCUCUUUUAAGCUACCAAUAUGAUUAAUAUUUAAUAUUAAGAGUAUUGUACUUAAAAUUACGAUAGGUGCUUAUUCCCUUUAAGGGCAAUUUUAAUUCAACUUUCGUAGUAAAAAUAUUAUACAUAAUAGUAAAUAUGUGUAACAAGAAGUAUGUUAUAAUCAACUUUUUUAAUUUAUUUAAAAUUUAAUUGCGCCCUUUAUUAUUUUUACAACCUCGAAUAUACCAAUGACACAAAAGGGUUGAGAACCCCUGAGAUAAAGCAAUGUAAUCCAAAUCCAAUCUAGAUUUUUAUAUAGAAUAUUUAUCGAAAAUUUAAAAAUCUUUUUUUUUCUUUUUUCAAAUUGUGUACAAUCUCUAAGUAGCUAAAUUAUUAAAAUAUACUUUUCCACUUUCGUUAAAACAUUAAUAAUUCUUGCAAUAGAAAAAUGUUUUAUUUAUUAUUUUAAAAAUUUCAGCUGAUGCUGCUACGUUUUUGAAAAAGAUAGAAAAUAACUUUUGAUACAUAUUUAACCAAUUAAAUAUCACUUUCUAUCUUAUCAUUUGUCCUCUAGUUAGUUUAUUCCCACUUAUAAAACAUAUAAAUUUAUUUAUUUAUUUUUUUGUUUUAUUAAUUAAUUUUGAAAUUAAAACUCAAAUUCACCUAAUUCUAAAAUUGUUACACAUCAAUAAAACAUUACUUAAAAUAUCAAGUUAUAUGAAUAUUUAAAGAAAAAACAUGAAAUAACUUAUAAAUUUAUCUGUUUAAGAUGGAUAUCUUAAAGGAGAAAGAAAGCCUAUAUUUUAACUGCUCUUUAUAGCAUUUAUGAGUUGUGUCUAUAAGUCAUAAACCAUUUUACUUAUUCAAAUUUAUUAUACUGAAGUAUAACAAAGCCACUAAUUUUUUUAAAUUAUAUUCACCUCAAGUCUAAUACUGCAUUGAUCCAGCAAAUUUAUAAAGAGUUACUUUAAUAAAUUUCUAGUUAUAGUGAAAGACAAAUGUGAAAGAACUUACAUUUUGAUUGUUUUAAAGCUCAUACACAUAGAACACAAUCUGUUUGGUAAUCUGCCAUCCUUUUUUCUGUAUCGCUGCUGAUUAUCACACUCUGUGUGAUUGUGAUUCUGGAAUAAAAAGUAACACAACUAUAUCAAAUCACCAUGGAUAGUGGUGUAUCAUGUUCUGUGUGCACAAGCAUUAAACGUGACAGGAAUGUUUAUUCUGAUAAAAAUUCAUAAUUAAUUCACAUACAUACAGGCAAAAUCACUCUUAUUAGAUGUGGGAUCUAAUCCAAUAAAAUUUUUUAAUUCAAUAUGUGGGGUACAAAAAUGAAUAAUAACUUUAAUGAUAUACUUAGAAUAGCUAAUCACUACUCUAGAAAAAUUUGUGAAAACAAACCAGCACCAAAUUGUGUUUAAUAAUUUAUUGAUUUUUCUUGACGUAGUUAUUUGUUAUUUAUCAAUUUCAUUUCUCUAACAUAAUUUUUUUUUCUUGCAAACAAAAAAAUAAUUGAAAAGUUUACUUGCUAAUGCAGAAAUAAAAAUUUAAAAGUUGUUUUGAUUUUUUUUUAUUAUCGAUUAAUCAUCAGUUCAACUUAACCCGUAUUCAUAUAGAUAAUUCUACUGAUUAUAUGAAAUAUAUGUAAGUUCUUUACUAUUGUAUCCUCUGUCUCCUUAAAAAAGAAUUCCCUUGGGUUAAUUGCCAGAAUAAGUUAAUUUUAUAUAAAAUAUUACAAGAACCUAAUAUCAUUAUUUUGUUAAUAUAUUAUACAGAUACUUCUACAGUUUAUCAAAUGGUUACGACUUAUUCAUACAACUUAUAAAAUAAAAUAUUUCUUAUUUGAAGGAUUUAAGAAAGGUUGUGACUUUCUUUAGUUUAUUUCUCAACCCACUUCCAACAUAUCUAAAUCUUAUAAAUUCGAAUAUUUUUUUGGAUGGUGCCAUAACCAGUUCUAGAGAUGUAGUAAUAGUUCACUAUUGACCUGAAUGUUGCCUGUUUUUCUUAUUGGAAACAGGCAACAUUUGGAUAAAUUAUGAGAUAUUUUUCAACAUUUUUCAUAUUUGUAACCUUUUUUUUAAAUAUUUUAAUGUACCAUAAAUUUAUAGGAUCUGCUUUUGAAAUUUUUUAUCAUUCAGGAAAAAUAAUUAUUUAAAAAAAAAUGUUGAUUUAAAAUUGAAUAAAAAAAAAUUGUUACUUCAAAAUUGAAUAAAAAAAAUUGUUAAUUUAAAAUUGAAUAAAAAAAUUCUUCUUAAUGUAUUUACCUGUUAUUUUACUUACAUUUUAUUACCUGUUCUUAUAUAUUUGUAUUUUUUUUUUGUUAUUUUAUAGUCUAAAGAAAAAUGUAACUUAUUAAUGAAUUGCUUCACAUAGAUUGUUGAUCGGUGGAAUUUUGUUAGUUUUAAAUUUAUGUACAUUUGAAAAAAGAAUAACCCAUCUAAAAAUUAAAAAUUUAAAAAACUCUAAGGAUGGGAUACAUUCCUGAAACAUUAACAUCAUGGAUAUUAUGUGAAAUAUGACUUUGACAUAUUAUAAUGGAAAUUUUAAUUGUCAACCUUAUAAUAAAAUUGUUCUUACUUUUACAUAAAUAAUUAUGCCAAAGUGGACAAUUGUUAAUGUUUUUGGUUAUGCUUCUAAUGCACCAAUAUAUAGAAUUAUAAUAUAGUUAAUUUUUGAGUUUUAGUCAUCUUCCAAUCUAGCAAUUAUGCAUUUAAUCAUAAUCUUUAGUAAUUAUGUAUAAAAAAAAAUUAUUUUAUUAUUAUUAUUAUUAUUGGUUAUGUACCAAUGAGAUAGGUAUUUAAAGUUAAAAUGUUAUAAUUUUUUUUAAUUUAGAGAAAUUGUAUUAGAUGUGAGUAAAUAUCAUGAAUUUUCAUUUAAUAAUUUCUUUCUUCAUUAAACAAUUAAGAUUUAUCGAAACAGAGCGAAGUAAGUUACAGAUUAAAUUGUGUUUUUAAAGUAUUCUGACAAAAUGUGACUGAUGCACUUUCUGUAUGAAGCAAUUCAACAAUCAUGAAAAUGACAAAUAUUAAAUUACAAUUAGUAUCUUACAGAUAUGUAAAGACUAUGAAUUUGUGUAAUUUAUUAUGUUUAUGAAAUAAGAAAUACAAACUUGGUGUAUUUAUGAAAAAAUAUAUAUAUGAAUUAUUGUUGUUAAGAAACGGAUUUUGUAAAUAAGAUUUGUAAGACUGUAAAUAAUUAUUGUCAAAAUUAUUUUAUAAAUAAAUGUUGUAGCUGUAAGUGAUAAUAGCUAAGGAAUAUUAGUUUUGGUCUAGAUAUGUUGUAAAUAAGAAAAUAAUUGAAAUGAUAAAACUACAUUGUCUUUCCAGUAAUAAAGUUGCAUUUAUAAGUAGCAACUUGUGGAAACACUCUUAUGCAAAGUUCUGUUUAUGAAAACAUGUAUUUGGUCACUAAAUUGACAUCAGAAAGUAUUAUAAAUACGAAUUUUUGUAAAAUUGUUAAGAUCUACUCGCUAGAGUAUAACAUCACUGAAUAGAAAUCGGGCACAUUUUAGGUAUUUUUACUUUAAUUUUUGAUAAUAAUGAAUUUUUUUCAUGCUCUCUUCAAUACAAAAUCAGUUAUUAUAAUAUUUAAGAUGAUAAUAAGAAAAUUGACUAGUUUAAUUUCACAUUUUGGUGAUUAUAUAAAAACUAAUUAGAAGAAGGAUGUGUGCAUUACAAUGUUUACGCAAGUCAUAAUUAUUCGAAAUAGGAUUUAAAUUUAUACUUAAAAAACUGUGACUUAAAUAAAACUCCAAAUUGUGGAAUGACACUGUGAUGGUGUAACUGCAUCAUUUGUGCAGUAAAAAAUAUUGGGACCUCAAAACUUCUCUGUGCAAGAAUGACAUAUUUUUACACUCUUUAGGAGGAAAUUUGUUAAACAAUUUUUUAAAUUAUUUCUGAAUAAAAUUUUACAUUAUUCAUAGAACUUAAAUUAAAAGGAUUAUAGACUCUUAUUCCCCUUUCCUUGUUUAAUUUUUUAAAAUGAAUAAUUUAUUAUGAAAGCCUCUGCCAUUUCAGUUUGAAUACUGAAACUUGUAACUGUUUACCGAAUUGCUUAAUGUGUUCAUUUUAAAUAUUUGUAUUUAGUUUUACAUAGUAUAUUUUUUAAUUUUAAACGUGUUUAUCAUUUCAGUUUGAUUCUCACUAGCAUAUCAUGUGUAAUCAGUGUUAUUAGAAUUAAAAAUAAAAGUCUGAAGGUAAUUAAAACAAAAUAUUUCUCAGAUUUAGAUAUUUAAGAAAAUCAUGACUGAAGUAAUUCUAUGAUUACUAUGGUGCAAACUACUCUACUAUUGUUAUUGUAAAAUAUUUUAUUUGUAUAUAUUUUGUUACUUUUAAUUAGUUAAAUGUAGAAAUCAGUUUACUGACUUCAGUUGUAAACAUAGUCUUUUCUUUUCCAUUAGUUGUAUAGAUUGUUCCAGAAUUUUCUUUAUUUAACCGUCCAGAUGUACAUUAAACUGAAUAAGUUAUUUAAUUUUUAUAUUAUUUUUUUUUUGUAAUGUAAUUUGGAACAUAACAAUAAUAAAAAAUGAUUUACUGUGUAAAAUUAA